UUGACAUCAGUCUAGAAAGUUCCUUUCGGUAUUCACGAUAAGAAUUAAACCGUCAUAAACAAACCGAUCGAUUCAAGAUUAAGUAAAAGUUGAAUUAACAAGAAAUUAAGUGCUUCAUAAAUAACUAACAUAAACAACGAAAAAUGGCUUUUAUGAUGCCGGUAGUGAAAAACGAUUGGGAUAUUUACAAAUCGAAUCGUUCUCGGAGAGCUUCAGAAUGUUCGAAUCCGAGAACGUGUCGUUCGAGGAAGGUGUCCGAGUGUAAAUCCGAGGGACCAAGCUUGUCAACGUCUCCGGGAUCAGAUUUUUUCUCACCAGGACAUCGAAGCGUUCCCGCGAAUAUGUCUUCGCGACAAUAUUAUUCAAGAACCAGUUCGCGAGCCUCCGAAAAUAGUUUACAAAGUCCGAAUAAAAGUGUUGCUUCGUCGCCACCUAAAAGCGAGUCAACAAGCAGUUUAAAUAAGUUUCACAAUCGUCUUUUGGAUAAACUCAGAAGAAGUUUGAGAAGCAGCAGUACUGAUAAUGAAAAAAGUUCAUGAGGCGGGUCGAAAAAGUCCUCUUCGAAGGAUAAAGAACGUUAAAAGGGAAGAAAAAAAAUUUUAAUAAUUUUUUUGGGGAUGGAUUUGAAUGAUUUCGAAAAAAAAUGGGUUGUUGGGGAACUCGAAUUAAAUACAAACUACGAUUUGGUGUUCAGGUUUAUUGAGUUUAAUUGCUUUCAUUUAUGCCGCAACGACCUGUGAUAUCAGAGUAGUAGUGAAAGAUUAAAUCGAAGAAUAUGUAGAUUUAUUUACUAUAAAUAUAUUUGUUUUUCUGCCAAGAGAUGAGAAACGAAAUGUUUUAGUUGAAAUGGGGGAAGGGAAGAAAAUGAAGAGGAUUUAAAGAAUAAUAAAUUUAUUAAUAAAUACAUAAAAAGUGUUUUGAUAUUAUGUAGAGAUGUGAAACAUUCCAAAAUUUAAAGAAAAAAUGUUCAUUAAUGAAUUGAUUGGAAGUUUUUUCUAAUAAGAGAUAAGAAAAUUAUUACAUAUGAUACAAUAAGUGGUGUUGAGAUGAUGCAAUUUUUAAGGAAUUAAAAAGAACUAGAUGAUUUUUAUGUAAAUAGGAUGUGUUAAGUUUGUAUUUAUUCUUUUUUGAAAAUGUUCUAUGUAUUAAAAUAAAAUUAUAAGCUGAAAAUACGAAUAAAUAUUGCCUUUGAAGUGUUUAUCACAAAAA